AUGAAGCAGGUCCAGCGCUCUCCACUCUGCUCCGCCUUGACGAUCCUGAGCGAAGCCAUUGCCGGAGGUGCGGUCGAAAAGGAGCCCGAAAUUAUCUAUUCUCCGCAGGAAAAGUUGGGGAUGGGCCCAUACAACUGA